UAUGGACAUGUUUAGUAUCAAUCGGAAAAAUUGCGGGUCAUUACCAGCGCUCCACGCGUUUCAUACCAUAGAACAAUUUUACCACUUCAAUGCGUUUGAUUGUAGAUAGUGUAUACAGGCUGACACACAUCACAGGUAUUUAAUUCUCAGGACCAGACAGAAGGUCGACAGAACAGGGAGGCCAUGUUGGAUUUUAAAUAAAGUUCUCGUGUGUCCCGACAGCAGAAAUGCAUCCCCGGCGCAGUGCUCAGGAAGUCCUACUGUGUGAUCUGUGUGAAACUGUCCCCCUACAAAGUCAUUGUGAACUUUGUAAUAUAAAUUUCUGCGUUAACUGUGUAGGAAAACAUCUCUCGGAUUUCUCUAAAGACCACAGAAUCGUGUCCUACAGUUGUUUAGGGAGAAAUGCUGCCCCUAACUACCCAAAUUGUCCGAAACACGCUGGAAAACACUGUGAACUUCACUGUGAGAAAUGUGAUAUACCUGUCUGUUCUACGUGCGUCUCCUCGGGUAAACAUGAAAGUCACAGGUUAUCCGAAUUUUUGGAAAAACUCAGCGUUAAAACACAACGUCAACAAGAAGAUCUGGAAGAACUUGAAUCCAGGAUUUAUCCUCGAUAUAAAGAAAUGGCGUCCGAUAUUCUAACUGAGAAAGCCGAGUUAGAAACGAAAUACGGGAAACUGACCACAGCUGCUGACCAACAAGGAGAAAUCCUACACCAGGAGAUCACCGCCAUUGUCAACCAACGAAAAUCCGUCAUCCAGGAGAUGAAAAAUAAACACCUAUCUACCCUGAAUAAAAAUGCAGAUGAAAUCACACAGAAAAUUACUGAACUCAAACAGAUCAUUUCUGACUUGAAAUCAAUACUAGAAUCAAAUGACGUCUCUUUAACCUCUGCUUACAAAUCUAGGAAUUCCGAAUUUAGAACAUUACCGCCUAAAGUCCAAAUUACAGUACCCAGUUUUUCUGCUCUAAAAAUAGGCAAAGAUCAGCUCAAUGAAAUGUUUGGUUCUCUGUCGCCAUUAUCCAUUAACACAGAACAUGGCGACACAAUGAAGUCAGCAGAAGCUGUAUCGUCUCCUCCAGUCAAACCACUGCUUGAUGAGCCGCGCCUCACCGCCACCAUACAUACUGGGUAUAGCAGACUAUACAGUGUUAGCUGUCUGAGUGAAGAUCAAGUCUGGACACACGGAAAUAACGAAAUCAUGAAUCUUCUCAACCUCCGGGGUAAACUACUGACAUCAAUACAAACCAAGUCAGGGAACGAACCAGAGGACGUAGCAGUGACACGGGAGGGAAAUCUUGUUUAUACUGACUAUAGAAAUAAAACUAUAAACUUAGUAAAGAAUAAACAGAUAAGGACUGUGAUCACACUACAGGGGUGGACACCUUACAAUAUCUGCAGUACCGCCUCUGAUGAUCUCCUGGUUACCAUGAUCAGUGAUGAUUACAAACAAUACAAAGUUGUGCGUUACUCUGGCUCCACAGAGACACAAAGCAUUCAGUUUGACGAUCAGGGUCGUUCUCUCUAUUCAACCGGUGAUUAUAUCAAUAAAUAUAUCAGUGAGAACAGGAACCUGGAUAUCUGUGUGGCUGACAAUGGAGCUAGUGCAGUAGUGGUGGUCAAUCAGUCAGGAAAAUUCCGAUUUAGAUACACCGGUCAACGCUUUCUUAUCUUCAUGAAAUCAUUUGAUCCAGUUGGCAUCACUACAGACAGCCAGAGUCAAAUCCUGACGGCAGACUUUGACAAUAACCGUAUCCACAUCCUAGAUCAGGACGGACAGUUCCUCCGUUACAUUCACUGUGAUUUAUUCAGUCCUUGGGGUUUACGUGUGGAUAUCAGAGACAACCUCUUUGUGGCUGAGCGUGACACUGCUAAAGUGAAGAAAAUCCAAUAUCUAUCAACAUCGUGUUAAUUACACAUCUCUACAGUGUUAAUUAAACAGUUCUACACAGUGUUAAUUACACAGCUCAACACGGUGUAACUUACAGCUGCUUGUUAGUUACAUAUGCUUGUUAAUUACAGCCUUGUGUUAAUUACAGCCCUGUGUUAAUUACAGCCCUGUGUUUGUGAUGUGUAACAUGUACUAGUGCUUGUUAGUAUAAUUCAUUGAACGUUAAUCUCUCACUGCUGUUUAGUAAUUAUAUCUGACAAUAUCUGUAUUAUUAUAUUCAGUGGAUCAUCAUUACUCUGAAGUUGAAAUAAAAAAUAUGCUGGAGUUCCUCA